AGGGAAUGGAAUAAUGAAAGAGGUAUAUUACAAACCACACUCGUCUUUUGGGUAAACAUAAUUAUACCGUGAACAUCAGGCUGUAAGGAUGGGAGUCAGGGUUGAACGUUGAGCGAAUUAUAUGGUAGCACCUGUGCGCGUGCGAGGAAACAGUCCAUGGAAUUAUAAACGGAAAGGCGAACACAACAUUUGCUAAUAGCAGCGUUCUACGCAGUAUUCAUGGACCAGAAAUCAAUGAGAACGUAUAGGGUUUCAUGGAAAUCUAUUUAACAUCGAACAUAAUACUGGACUGUAUGAUUUACCAAGGCUACGAUUCUGUCUGAACAGUCGUGUGCCUUGGGAAGCUUUACUAUCCGUAGUAGCGUAUACACGUGUCGCUUUGGUGUCUUGGGCUGAGGUGCAUAGAUUAAUUAUUGCAUACUGUAGUUAUUGUAAAUAAUAUUUAAUUCGGUCUGGCUGGCAAAAUAACACGAUCCAGCCGGCUAUGAUAGGCUAGCCUACAUUUUUUUAAAUCAAGAAAUGCUGUUUGCAGUGCAAUCGCUUUUUCUGGACAGGACAUAAGAUGAACGCAGAACUUAGACAGUAAUCAUGAGGACUCCUGAAAGUAAUGGACUGCCACAGUGCACCGACGAAAUCAUCACGGGAAUGAACAUCAACAUGAGAAAAUAAAUAUUCAACUUUUUCAUCAAAGAACUGAAUAAUUAUAGAAUUAGCCUAUAAUUAUUAAUUAUUAUAUACGGCUAAAUCUAACGGUGCACUACUUCUCGCCUAAAGUGCUUUCCAUAAUUGAUAAACUAUUUUUGUCUGCGUGAUACGCUACGUUUAAAUAUGUUUUAGCCUACAUUUUAAAAAGUAGUCUGAAUUUAGCUGCUUCUGGCUUUUCUCCAGAGCUAGACAAAUUAAUUAAAAAAACCAUGGUACCUUCAGGCAGUUGCUUCAUCAGCAAUUUCUAGAUCACUAGCCUAGCCGUCGAACACCAGAUGUUGGGUUUGUCUUGAGUUGAGCAGCUGUACAACAGUGAAGCCGAGAGCCACGACUUCUUGUUACAGCGGGACGCCCAUGCCCUGUCCGGUUACCUGGAGACCACACUACACCACGAGACCAGGGGGAUACCGCGUACCACUCAAGAGCGCCUGCCUCGUAUUUUCCCACCACUGCCAUGGAUGACUCUGGAAUUAUUCGACGUAGGAGGCUGCAGAAGGAUCUGCCUCUACCCCGAAAAAGUAGCAGCUGCCGUACCAGUAACAGGAAGAGCCUAAUUCUAACCAGCACAUCUCCCACUCUCCCUCGACCACAUUCACCCCUUCCUGGGCAUAUAGGGAGCAGUCCCCUGGACAGCCCACGGAACUUCUCUCCUAGCGGUCCUGCCCACUUCUCUUUUGCUUCCUCGAGGAGAGCGGACGGCCGAAGAUGGUCCCUGGCGUCCCUUCCGUCUUCGGGAUACGGCACCAACACCCCCAGUUCAACGUCCUCCUCCUCGUCACAGGAACGACUGCACCAGCUGCCCUUCCAGCCUACCAUGGACGAGCUGCACUUCCUUUCCAAGCACUUCGGCAGCACCGAGAGCAUCACCGACGACGAUGGCGGCCGUCGCUCACCACAUGUGCGCCCCCGCUCCCGCAGUCUCAGCCCGGGACGUUCACCGUCUUGCUAUGACAAUGAGAUAGUAAUGAUGAACCACGUCUACAAGGAGCGCUUUCCCAAGGCCACCGCCCAGAUGGAGGAGCGCCUGUCGGAGUUCAUCCAGAACUUCGCCCCGGAGAGCGUGCUUCCACUGGCCGACGGGGUCCUCAGCUUCAUCCACCACCAGAUAGCAGAGCUGUCCAGGGAUUGCCUGACCAAAUCCCGGGACGGACUCAUCACAACCGUGUACUUCUUUGAGCUGCAGGAAAAGCUGGAGAAGAUGCUCAAUGAUGCCUAUGAGCGUUCCGAGAGUUCCGAGUUGACCUUCGUCACUGAGCUGGUCAAAAAGCUUUUCAUCAUAAUUUCCCGUCCCGCCAGGCUCCUGGAAUGUCUAGAGUUCAAUCCGGAGGAGUUCUACCACCUGCUGGAGGCCGCGGAGGACCACGCCAAGGAGGGACACCUGAUGAAGACGGACAUCCCUCGUUACAUCAUCAGCCAGCUGGGACUGACCCGGGACCCUCUGGAGGACAUUGUGAGCAUGGACAACUACUACGAUAGCGAAGGUCCCCACACACCAGAAACAGACGACUCGACAGAGGGGAAGAUGAAAGCUAUGAAACCCCCAUGUGAAGGGGACUUUCAGACGAUCAAGCUGAUCAGCAAUGGGGCAUAUGGGGCGGUGUACUUGGUGCGACACGGGGAUACGCGUCAGCGUUUCGCCAUGAAGAAGAUCAACAAGCAGAACCUGAUCCUGAGGAACCAGAUCCAGCAGGCCUUUGUAGAGAGAGACAUCCUGACCUUCGCUGAGAACCCCUUUGUGGUCUCCAUGUUCUGCUCCUUCGAGACACGCAGACACCUCUGCAUGGUCAUGGAGUAUGUGGAGGGGGGCGACUGUGCCACUCUGCUGAAGAACAUCGGGGCGCUGCCUGUGGAACUGACCCGGAUGUACUUUGCGGAGACUGUGUUGGCGCUGGAGUACAUCCACAACUAUGGCAUUGUGCACCGCGACCUCAAGCCGGACAACCUGCUGAUCACAUCCAUGGGUCACAUCAAGCUGACCGACUUCGGCCUGUCUAAGAUGGGUCUGAUGAGUCUCACCACAAACCUGUACGAGGGGCACAUCGAGAAGGACGCACGCGAGUUCCUGGACAAACAGGUGUGUGGCACACCAGAGUACAUUGCCCCGGAGGUGAUCCUUCGCCAGGGCUACGGGAAGCCUGUUGACUGGUGGGCCAUGGGCAUCAUCCUCUAUGAGUUCCUGGUGGGCUGCGUGCCUUUCUUUGGAGACACCCCCGAGGAGCUGUUUGGACAGGUCAUCACAGAUGACAUCGUGUGGCCUGAUGGAGACGAGGCCCUGCCCGCGGAUGCCCAGGGAUUGAUCUCCACCCUGCUACAGACCAACCCUCUGAUGAGGCUGGGCACAGGUGGAGCGUUCGAGGUGAAGCAACACUCGUUCUUCUCCGACCUGGACUGGAACAGUCUGCUGAGGCAGAAGGCGGAGUUCAUACCUCACCUGGAGUCAGAGGAGGACACCAGCUACUUCGACACCCGGUCCGAUCGCUAUCAGCAUGUCAACGCCUACGACGAGGACGACACCAACGACGACGAGCCGGUCGAGAUCAGGCAGUUCUCCUCCUGCUCCCCUCGCUUCAGCAAGGUUUACAGCAGCAUGGAGCACCUGUCCCAACUGGAGCAGAAGGCCCCCUCCGUGACCCGACGGGAGCACAAGGGCUCCCGAGAGGACAACCGGGGGAAGAGGGAGAGCCUGGGAAGUUUCCCUAUCCGGGACAAGAGCUGGAGAACUGGAUCACCAGAGAUGAAGCGUCUGUCCUGUUCCGAGUCUCUGUACAUGGACGGUGACUCCAGCCCCCCCCUCGGGGCCCGUCGGCGUUUCUCCGCCCUCAUGGACACACACCGCUUCGCCUCACAGCAGGAGGACAGUCCGGACCCACUCACCCGCCAGCCCCCUGUCAAAGCCAGGGGGACCUCGCUGGAGGGGACCUCGGUGCCCUCCACGCCCCCCUCCACCCCCAGCACGUCCCCAGACCCCAAGGGCAUCCUGAAGGAGGGCCACAUCGGAGAGAAACCAGUCAGACCCACUGAGACGCAGGGGGCCACGCCCACCCCCUCCGCUACCUCGGCAGCAGCCAGUAGGGAGCUGGGGGCGGGGCUUGUUUACGACCCCCUGGGUCCUCGUGCGACCAAUGGCCUGGUGCUCCGCAGGGCGAGGCAUCAGCAGAUGUCAGGAGACGCUGGGGAGAAGAGGAAUUCCAGGGCUGGGAAGAAGGUCAUCAAGUCCGCCUCGGCUACAGCUCUCUCCGUCACCAUACCGGCAGUCGACCAGCACGGCCACAGUUACAACUCCCCCUUGGCCAGCCCCAUGUCGCCCCGCUCCCUGUCCUCCAACCCCUCUUCCCGGGACUCGUCCCCCAGCCGAGACUACUGCCCCGCCCCAGCCGUCAGCGUCCUCCGCUCCCCCAUCACCAUCCACCGCUCGGGGAAGAAGUACGGGUUCACCCUGCGGGCCAUCAGGGUCUACAUGGGGGACACGGACGUGUACAGUGUCCAUCACAUCAUCUGGCAUGUGGAGGACGGAGGCCCCGCCCAGGAAUCGGGACUGUGCGCCGGCGACCUCAUCACCCACGUCAACGGCGAAUCUGUCCACGGAUUGGUCCACACCGAAGUGGUGGAACUCAUUCUGAAGAGUGGCAACAAGGUUACAGUGACGACCACGCCCUUUGAGAACACCUCCAUCAAGGUGGGUCCCGCCCGCAAGUCCAGCUGCAAGGGUAAGAUGGCCCGGCGCAACAAGAGGGCGAUCGGCAAGGAGGGACAAGACAGUAAGAAGCGGAGCUCCCUGUUCCGUAAGAUCACUAAGCAGUCCAACCUGCUCCACACCAGUCGGAGCCUGUCCUCUCUGAACCGGUCCCUGUCGUCCAGUGACAGUCUCCCUGGUUCUCCCACCCACAACCUGGCCGCGCGCUCCCCCCCACAGCAGGGGUACAGGUCCACUCCGGACUCCUCCUACCUGGGCGCCUCCUCCCAGAGCAGCUCUCCUGCCUCAAGCACCCCCAACUCCCCAGCCACCUCCCAGCACAUGCGCCCCAGUUCCCUGCACGGUCUCUCCCCGAAGCUCCACCGCCAGUACCGCUCAGCCCGCUGUAAGUCCGCCGGCAACAUCCCCCUCUCCCCCUUGGCCCACACCCCGUCGCCCACCCAGUCCUCCCCGCCCCCGCUCCCGGGUCACACCGUCGGCAGCUCCAACACCACCCAGACGUUCCCGGCCGGGGCCAAGCUGCACUCGUCCCCGCCCGUGGUGCGCCCCAGGCCCAAGUCGGCGGAGCCGCCCCGUUCCCCGCUCCUCAAGAGGGUGCAAUCGGCCGAGAAGCUCACGUCACCCCUGUCUCACACCCAGUCGACCAGCGGGGGAGUCGGAGGCCCUCUGAGGAAACACAGCCUGGAGGUCCAGCACUCUGACCUGUACCGGAAGGACCACUUCCACUGCUGUGAACUGGGGCUCCAGAGUCUGUUGGAGACGGAUGGGGAGAACCUGCCGCCUCCUAACCUGCCGCAGUUGCCCUCCUCCUCCCCGGGGUCGCCAGGUUCCUCGGCGGGGGCCACCGCACCUGAGACGGGGGUGCUUAAACCCAUGCGGAAGCUGGGGAGGCAGGAGUCCCCCCUCAGUAGGGACACACUGCUGGCCGGGAGGGAGAGGGAGAGGGAGAAAGAGAGAGAGCGAGAAAGGGAGCGAGAGAGGUCGCGCGAGAGGGUGGGGGAAAUCCUUAUGGCUUAUAGAACGACCGUCCCCGAUAGGUCACCUAACCGAGGGGGAGGAGCCACGACUGAUAAUGUGCAAUCCGUGGCUAGAAAACCCUCGACCAGUGAGCACACUUUUAGCCCUCAGAGUAGCCCAACUUACAGAGCCCAGUCCAGCCAAUCGCCAUGUCUUGAGUCCAUCAGAAGCACAAGUCCCAAAACAGUGAGUCCCAGUACUCCAACAGGGUCCCCAGGUGUCUUCAGGGGCCCUUCGGAAGGAGCGGAAAAGAGCCAGGGUCAGACUAGCAUGUUUACCAAGCAACAGAGCCCCCGGACGCCAGUGAGUACGAGCCCCCUGAGCCAGGACACGCAGGAGAAGGCCGGAGGGGACAGAACAGAGCCGAAGCCAAAUGGAGACAGCAGGGCAGCUCCUCCCCCACCUCAUCCUAACAUAACCUGUGGGGGCCUAGCGAGAGGCACUAGCCCAGACAGGGGCGUGGGUGUGGGGGGCUCCUCAUCAGUGACGUCUGGCUCAGCAGGUAUGUUCAAGGUCAGUAGUAAAAUACCCGGAGUGGUGGGCGAGGGCCUGAGAAAGAACGGAGCGGAGAGCAACGACUCUCCAAUUACUUUGGAGCUGGGCUUGAGGAGCCCCAAAAGCCCCAAACCUCCAGCGAGGGCCCUGGCUCCAGCAGUCCCACCCCACGGCCAGCCCCUCUCCAUGGGAAAGGCGAGGCAGGGACUGGGGCCCGUCAACUGCUACAGGGGCACCCUGGACUGGGAGGAUAAAUGUCGGCUUGAGGUGGUGGAAGAACACUCCCCAUCCCCCUCCCCGUCCCCCACGGGCGUCACCCCGACGCUCUGCGCCCCGUCCUUCUGUCCGGGCAGGACCAGGCCCGCCUCCCCGGGUGACAAGACCAGCUUUGUCACCCAGUUGACCAGCGCUGCCAAAUCAGUCCUGGGGCCUAUAAAGGGGUCAAUGGCGUCCCAGUCCCAGGAGCUGCCCAGGGGGAAGGAGCAGAAAGACAUGCCCAGGGCGGGUGAGGAGAAGCAGGGCACCGCAGCGGGAAAGUCUGAGGCUUCGCCGGGCCUCUGCGGCAGGAUGGUCGGGGGUGGCACGUCGGUGGCCCAACAUGCAGUUCACUCGGUUACUCCGUCGGAGAAGGCUGUGGGUAGCAGCCUCCCUAAACUGUAACGCUGACGUCAGGGUGGGGAUGCAGAGGGAAGGGCACCGACCAAUGAGAUGUCAUUUCUGAGUUCUAGAAUAAUUCAGCAAUGACACGCACUUAAGAGAACAUUCCAGUUCUGGAGGAGAGCGUCAAAUCGAUGAUUGAGUAGAACGAUGAUAAAGACGCUUUUAUGGACAUUUUGUAUGCAGUAAGCAUAUAAUAUAUAAAUAUAUGUAGGACAGCACUCCUCUUUAAGAACAAUUAGAUAUCUAUGAUGCGUGUUUGUGUGUGUGUGUGUGUGUGUGUGUGUGAAAUACUGCAAAACACCAAGCCAAACGGCCAACCACUUUGGUUUUUGUAAUUCACUUCAAAAGGCUCAUUCACAGGCUCAUUCAUCAGAUUGUGAUAUCAUGACCGCCACAGCAAUGGAACACAAAAGCCAGCUGUAAAUGUGUCUUCAGCAAGUAAAUGACAAAAUACGGUCUUUCUCUGAUACCGUUAAUAGGCUUACAGUAUGAUAAAGAAUGAAGAUGUGUGUCUAUCAACUGAUAUCUCCGAUUACCAUAGUGAAUGUCUGUUGACCAAAAAGGAGAAGCAACCUUGCGUUAAUUCUGGGUGAAUCUUGAAGGCAUUUUGUCUGUCCUGGAUUGUGUCCUGAAUGGCACUCUAGCCAUAGCCUCCGCGGAGUCCACUACUUUUAAACAGAAGCUCUGAUCCAAAGUAGUGCACUAUAUCGCAUAGGGUAAAACUGGUUCCAUUUACCUAUAGUUCCAUGGGUGAAAAGUGAAGCUGCUCAGAGCUCUUAUCUCCACAGAACAGGAGGGAUGCCAUAGGACUACGGCUGUAGCUGGAGCGCGCGCACACUCACACACAUUGGACACACUGAUAGACAUGCAUAUAAAUCCCAUACCACUGUGUGUGCCCCCAUGUGUGUCAGCACGGGGAUGUUUUCAGUAAACCCGAAUCUUCCCAGAAAUGCCCAGAAUCCAAACUGGAAUAACAUUAUUUAACUGCAAUGGAAUUUUGUUUGGGAAUGAAAUGCUCUGGAACUUUCCCUGGCUUCACAGCAACUGUAGGGGACAUCACUGUAAAUAUCUGUAAAGACUUGAGAAAUAUGAAUUAUACUGAUAUAUUUAUAUUCUGGCUCUCCAGUUCAGACAUUUUCAUGCAUCAUGUUUGUUUUGAACCAGAGAGAUGAAGAUGAAGAAGAAGGAGAAGAAGAAGGUGGCAGUGGUUGGGGUUCAUUGAAUGGAAGGACUAUCGGUUAAGGGCUGUGUGAAUAAGAAUGGGCUUUUCAUCCUUUGAUGUCAAAUGGGCACUCCCUGUUAACUUUAAUCUGUGCCUGUUUUCCCAUUAACCUUGAAUUCCUUCCUAGUCCUCUCUGGUGCCAGGUACCUGACAUUUUAACUCUGUGUGUUGUGAGGUAAUGAUUACAUUAGGUAAUUCGAAUUACAAAAUUCCGUCGGUCUUCCCAAAAUCACGCAGGUUUUCCUGAAACCCCUGUUGGACGUCAGUAGGGAAUAAGUAGGAAUCGUUCAACUAGGAUUUCUGAGAAAUCUCAAAAUAUUGGGAAUGUACCUGGAAUUUUGAAACACUAAAAUCAAUCCAUGUUUCACCACAGUAGGAUCAAAGUAUUGACCACUGCAUUUGUCUGUGAGUGAUGAUAAUACACUGUGUAUUAUUUAAAUGCUGAAAUGAUUCCUCUAUCUUGCUCUGUCUCUCUCUCACACGCACACACAAACACACGUUUCUCUUCUAUCAAACAUGUAACACCCACUGCGUAACAUCCAUAGUCUUUAUGCAAAUGAUUGGCAAAUUCUGGUGGAACAUUUUGUGACAAUAUGCAAGAAGCUUUCAUGUGCAGUAUUCCAUUACUUGGCUACUUUACUGUGGGCUGUCUGUAGCCUAUAACGUGGAUUAUACUGCCCACUUGUGGUAAUUAUAUAUAUAACAUUGUUUUGCAAUGUCAUGAUGGUUAUUCCAUGUAAUUUAACAUAGUUUAUUGAAAAUAAAUAUCUUGUUUUUUACUUUUAUGGAGUUUAUUAUAACCAUGUCUAAGAGAUGCAAAAUGUUAUAACAUGUCAUGGUGAUGAUUAUAGAAAGACAGAUUUUAGGGAUUCUGUGGUGAUGAGUAGAUCUACUGAAUAUGCAGUUGUCUGAUGUUUUGGUGAAUAACUUGGCAUUUCGUUUUGCAGUGUUUUUCAACACAUCCUUACCGAUAGAUAAAACAUUCCACUUCUUAUGGGAAUAUGAGAAACAUUUGUCACGUAAUCCAGAUGAUAGCCUGAUCACACAGGUGAUGUUAAUCGUAAUAUACUCAAGUUAAACAUCAGGAGUAGUGACAUUAUCCAUAAAUGGUCAUUAUCCAUUGAGAAAAUAAAUGCAUAUAUAGAAUGAUGAUAGUGCCCAUUUGACUGUGUGGUGGUUUUGCGGACAUUUCCCUGAGAACUUUAAAUGGAAGAAGUGCAAACAAUCUGUGGUAUUACUUAACUAUAUGCAGUAAUUGCACACCAUUAUCAUGCUCAUGGUGAAUUGUUUGAAUUGCACUUUAUAUUUUCAGAUUUUUUUUCAUUUAAAUGUGAUUGUUUUGGUCUGAAUAGUUGUGUAUUUGGGGGGGAAAAUUUACUGUAUAAAUAAACAAAUACAUUUGUAUUUGUUUAUAAUGACCACCAAUUAUAAAAUAUUUUUUGAGAUAUUUCCUAACUACCUUUUUUUUCUCAUUACAUCUGCUGUCUACAUUAGUACUUUAGCAGGCACUCUUACCCAGGGCGUAUUCUGCAUUAUCGUAAGGUAGACAAAACAACCAUAUCAUAGUCAAUGCAGGUAUAACUUACCUGACUAAAGCAGCUAUCAGCAUAAACAACUGCUCGUCAGAAUUGACAAGUGAUAAUGGACAAGUGAUAGUAAAUUAAGGUAUUCAAUACUGUGUUCUGUUUUGUAUAUAUUUAUUUGUAUUCUUUUGUUAUUGCUAGAUGUGAUGUCUAAUACUGCACACACCCGAAGAGCAGUAUUUUGAAAUAAACUGUUUUAAUUUAUCCAAA